CAAACCAUUCCCUUAAACAGAAUCAUCUCAUCGCACACACAUCUACUUUCUAAGUACCAAACAAUGACAGGGUACAACCUCGAAGCAAUCGAAGCGGCACCUUUGAAAGACGAUGUUGAUAUUGUGAUCCCAACCAUAAGAAGCCUCGACUUUCUUGAACAAUGGAGACCAUUUUUGCAGCAUUACCACUUGAUCAUUGUCCAAGAUGGAGACCCUUCGAUCAAGAUCCGAGUUCCUGAUGGUUAUGACUACGAGCUCUACAACCGUAACGAUAUCAACAAGAUCCUUGGUCCAAGAGCUAGUUGUAUCUCCUACAAGGAUGGUGGUUGUCGUUGCUUUGGCUUCAUGGUGUCCAAGAAGAAGUAUAUCUACACUAUUGAUGAUGAUUGCUUUGUGGCAAAGGAUCCAAGUGGGAAAGAGAUUAAUGUGAUAGCUCAGCACAUAAAGAACCUUGAAACACCUUCGACACCACACUACUUCAACACUCUCUAUGACCCUUUUAGAGAUGGAACUGACUUCGUCAGAGGGUAUCCUUUCAGUUUAAGGGAAGGUGUCCAAACCGCAAUAUCUCAUGGCCUUUGGCUCAACAUCCCUGAUUAUGAUGCUCCAACCCAACUCGUUAAGCCCCGCGAACGUAACGCCAGCCUUUGCAGGUAUGUUGAUGCAGUGAUGACAAUCCCAAAAGGAGUAUUGUACCCAAUGUGUGGCAUGAAUCUUGCUUUCAACAGAGAGCUUAUUGGACCUGCUAUGUACUUUGGCCUUAUGGGUGAAGGCCAGCCCAUUUCUCGGUACGAUGACAUGUGGGCUGGUUGGGCAGCCAAGGUGGUGUGUGACCACUUGGGCUUUGGGGUCAAGACCGGUUUACCGUAUCUGUGGCACAGCAAAGCCAGUAACCCUUUCGUGAACCUGAAGAAAGAGCAUAAGGGACUCCACUGGCAAGAAGAUAUGGUUCCUUUCUUCCAAAACCUUCGUCUCUCGAAAGAAUCUGACACCGCGGCUAAAUGCUACAUGGAGAUUUCGAAGAUGACAAAGGAGAAUCUCACCAAAGUGGAUCCUUACUUUGAGAAUUUGGCAGAUGCAAUGGUCACUUGGCUUGAGGCAUGGGAGGAGCUUAACCCGCCGGUUAAGAAUGAGGCGUGCGAUGACAAGCCGGUUAAGAAGGACAAUGGCAAAGACGUCAAGGCCAAGUGAUAAAGAUAAUAAUGUGUGAUGAUGCAUUGUUGCUACUUGAAUAAAUAUGUUGUGACUUGUGAGUCUUUCUUACUAUACAAUCUUGUAUUUUUACUUUUCUCCGUUUUGGACGUGUGCGUGAUUGUGUAAUAAUAAUUUGAUAAGUAUUAAGCGUGAUUUGAAGAAUAAGAAUAAUAAUAACUUUGUUUUUAAUAACAAGCAUGGAUAACUUCGUUGA